AUGACAUGCCCUUCAAUCUCCUCCAAUGGCUUCUUGCGAGGCCUCAAAGCCUCCACGUCGGUUCUGAAUAGACCGUUAAAUGGAUCCAUACGAGCGUUCUCAACCUCCUCACCUGCUCUCGUGGGGAAACCCGUCUUGGUGGAAUUGUUACAGAGAGUUCCAGGGUUAGGUCAUCCAGGCGAUCGAGUGCACGUUGUCUCUGGUCGUGCACGACUCGACCUAGUUCCACUGCGUAAAGCCCGUUGGGUGCCAUUCGCGGAAAAAUUUGGACUGGGUCCUAGCAAAGCCAACCGAGUCAAAUCUCAAGGCAUUCGAGCUCGUAGAUCCAAGGCUGAGCCCGACACUCCCACGGAGGAACCAAAACCUUUCGUUCCCAUCACACCGACGCCUGCAGCUCUCAAAUCUAAGAUCGAUUCCUUCCCUCCUGUCCUCGAUUUCAACCUUCAGACCGUCAGUAUGGACUCGAGCGUGCUCAUCACCACAUUCACACUCGGUGAUAUCACAAACACAUUGAAAGAUUACGGUCUGACAAAGGAAGAUGUCUUGCUGAGAUGGGAGGAUGGCAAGAGCGAUAGGAUUGAGCGGGUCGGCGAGCGCGUCUUGGUGCUGCAGGUCAGAGGUAGAGGGCUGGAAGAGAAAAAGGUGACAGUGAGGGUUCACAGAACCUCUAGGGACGUUUCAUCGUGGGCGGAGGAGAGAGCUUUGGAGAAGGAACAGGCUGAGACGAGCCUGAAAGGCGAGAGUGGUAGUAACAAGUAG